AUGUCGACCUCCGCUGCGGUCUCUGGGGAGGAGACUCCCGUAAAAAAUUCUGGGCAGCAAAAUUCUGGGCAGCAAAAUUCUACAACUUUCAAUAUUGGCACCAGAAAAUCCAAAUUGGCUUUGGCCCAAACGGACCUGGUUGUCGAGGCUCUGACUUUGGCCUGCCCUGAUCAUGUCUACGCAAUUAAGGCCCGAGACACGGCUGCAGGCGACAUCGAUAAAGUCACACCCUUCAAGGACAUGCCUGUGAAGAACAUAUGGACCCAUGAACUCGAGACGUUAUUGGUUGAGGGCCACCUGGAUAUUCUGGUCCAUUCUCUGAAAGAUGUGCCAACACAGUUACCACCGAGCUGCGAGCUCAGCGCUGUGCUUGCUCGUGAAGAUCCGCGAGAUGUUCUGGUGGUCAAGGCUGGUCGGAAGCCGGUCAAUAUUGACGAACUUCCUGCUGGCUCCGUGGUUGGUACCUCUUCCAUCCGCAGAACUGCACAAAUUGCAUUGAAGUAUCCACAUCUGGUAGUAAAAGAUAUGAGGGGCAACAUUGGAACCCGUCUAGCCAAACUGGAUGCCGAUGAUGGCCAGUUCGACGCAAUAAUUCUUGCCGCUGCUGGACUUCUUCGAAUCAACCUUGGAGACCGAAUCACUCAAUAUCUGGACUCCAAGAAUGGUGGCAUGCUAUACGCUGUUGGACAAGGUGCGAUCGGCAUUGAAAGCAGAUCAAAUGAUCCUCGCGUGCAGGCCCCGCUCGAACGGAUCGACCAUACCGAAACACAUUUGGCCGUUGCUGCUGAAAGAAGCUUAUUGAGGACGCUUGAAGGAGGUUGCAGUGCUCCUUUAGGAGUUGAGACCUCCUGGAUCAAGGACGACGAUGGUAAAAUACUUCUCCAGAUGAAAUCUAAUGUUGUCAGCACAGAUGGAAAGCAGUGUGCUGAAAUAGAUUUGAAGCAAGAAGUGAAUAACAAAGCUGAUGCUGAAUCCUUUGGUGUUAACGCGGCCUCAGAGUUGCUUCACCAGGGUGCUGACAAAAUUCUCAAUGAAAUCAAGGCAAAGAAGCCAACGCCAGUCAUGGAUUUGGCUGAGAAAUAA